AGCUGUCAGUGAUGGAGCAGUCGGUGGCAGAUGUGCAGCGUCCACUGAUUACCUGGACGUCAAUUACCAGAAAGCUUUCACCGGAUGGAGUGGCGGCAGCAGACCAGCGUCAGCUGCGAGGACGCGUUCAGCGAGGCCCAGCGCUGGAUUCAGGAAGUGACUGGAAAAUCCUUUGGUUGUAAUGACUUCCGUGCUGCCUUGGAGAAUGGAGUCCUGCUUUGCGACUUAAUCAACCAGUUGAAACCUGGCAUCAUCAAGAGAGUGAACAGGCUUUCGACUCCUAUUGCUGGCCUGGAUAAUGUGAAUGUUUUCCUGAAAGCCUGUGGGAAACUGGGACUAAAUGACUCACAGCUGUUCCAUCCAGGUGACCUUCAGAACCUGUCCACGCGUGUGACACUGAGGCGUGAUGAAAGCAAGAGACGACUCAAAAAUGUUUUGAUAACUAUCUACUGGUUGGGUCGCAAGGCUCAAAUUGACACGUUUUACAGUGGUCCUCAGCUUAAUUUCAAAGCAUUUGAGGGCCUGUUAGGCUUGGCCUUGUCCAAGGCUUUGGAAGAGGGGAGUAAUGCGUUUGUGAGAGAAGCUGGGUGCGGAGAGUGUCGCCUCCCAGACGGUGAGGAAUGUCAGCUCGUGAAACAGAGUUGCAUGAGAGGGACUUCAAUGGACAGCAUCGAAUCCCUAGACACCUACACUGCCCGCCAUAGCGAUGGAGGUUGUGGAAGUGACGCAGAAGCUGAGCAGGUGUACAAGAUGGACAACACACAGCCUGCAGCCCACCAGAGCAAAGGCUAUAUCCCACCACCACUUCGAAGAAAACAAGGAAGGGGGAUGAAUUCAGGGGGCAGCAUGAGUCCACUCCCCAGAACAUAUAAAAUCCAGGUCAGGCCUGAAACACCAGUUCAGGUCAACCCUGGCUGGAUUUGGAGCAAAUCUCUCAACGACAUCCCGAUGGUGUACCCUGUUCGCAAAGUUUCUGCCAUAAACAGCGUUUAUGAUAAAGAUCAGAAUCCUGUCCUGGCAAGGGAGUGGAGUCAAGAAACCAAAAGAAGGUGUAGUGUUGCUGCCAAGGACAGUGAAGCUCAGUGGCAAGAAGACUUGACAAAGUGGAAAAAUCGACGGCGUAGCAUCAAGUCUGAGCUACAUAGGAAGUCACAGGACAGGGAGCAUGUCAUUGACAAGAUGACAAAUGAGACUGUGAUCAGUUUUGAGAAGAAUGAUGCAAAAAGAAUUCCAGUGAAAAGAGACCAGUCACCAAGGAGAUAUGACCCUGCUCUCGAUCCUUUCUCCACCUCUCCAUCAAAACCCUCCAGCUAUGAACCUCGGCCACACUCUAGAGCUCUGCUGGCCCGCAGCUUUGCCACUGAGGCUUCUUUUAGCCCCACAACCCACACUUGGGGAUCAUCGGUUGAAGUGAUGCCUGCCUCUGAUGGGGGCGCCAUGGGACGAGAGACUUACUUUGCCACUUUAGCUUCAGAUGGUACAGGGGUUACCACACCUUCUGCAGAUAAUCCCUUCACUUCUCAGACCCAACUCAAAGCCCUGGGCAGCCAAGCUGCUUUCCAGUCCACAUCUGAACCGGAGCCUCAACAUGUUUUAGCAAACCAGCUCCCCUCUCUUGUUACAACCACACAGCCAGAUGACACUAUAAUAACCUGGGAUCCUCCGUCUAUGUCAAGUCACAACAAAGGUUCUAUCUGCAUUGAUUCAAAAGAUGAAACUAUUGGUUCAGAUUUAGCCAAUCCAGUAGACUUUGAUGCCACAGAAGACUUCACGUCACUUCAGAGUUAUAAAUACAGGGAAGGAAGCAGAAAGUCAUCUGGCUGGCAACCAGCAAGGGAUGGCAAAACCCAGCAGGCUGCAGGCUCGUCCAAGUACUUGGGCAGAACUGGAUCGUGGUCCAGUUCAGCAAGCCUUCCCCGUGGUUACCGUCGCUCUGAGAGCUUGUCUCAUCUCUCGUCUAUCACACCCAGACCAUUUGGAGUAAAGCAGUCCAGGGUUUCAGCACUACCAAAACUGUUGAACGUAGAUGAUAAUCAGGGUUUCCUGUUGAACAGCGAGAAAGGAGAUUCAUUUUCUUCAACUAAACCACCUCUUAAAAGACAGAUGGCAGCUGCUCAUCUGAGGGGUCAGUACCAGGCGUCGGUUAAACAGAAGAAAGCCUUCCAGGCAAAGCUUAAAGGCACAGAAGAAGGAAACAAUGCCAGUUUGUCUAGCCAGACUCCCCUUCAGACCACUGGCUACCCCCAACAGCCCUCCACUCCAAGCCAAAUACUGCCCCAGCCUUAUACAAAGCUGCAGUCCCACAACAGGAGUUUGUCUCUUUCAUCUACAGCAAGUCCUGAUAUCUCAAAGGUGGAUCAUAGUGACAUGAGAGUGAGCCUGACUCUUAAACCCAACAGUGUACCAGACUUUGGCUUCCACACUCACUGGGACUCCACAGGCGCAAGAAUAAAAUUCAUUCAACCAGGCAGUCCAGCAGAGCUCUGCCGGCUGUGCGUGGAUGAUGAGAUUGUUGCAGUCGAUGGAGUUGCAGUGACUAACAUGAACUAUAAUCAAUGGAAGGAUAAAAUGGCAUCUUGCCUGCAAACUGGCACUCUGACCAUGGAUAUUCGUCGCUAUGGUAUCAAGGAUUGGAGCACCAGUGAGGGAAAUCAUCACAGCCAGCCAGUCCAGAGCAGGAUGACCCUCAAUCUGACUACCACAGCACCCAUGCUGAUAGGUCGUCCCGAUUACCAUGCCAGCAGUGUCGUCAGUACAGAAAUGGCAGACACACAAGAAUCCAAAUUAAGUGGAGAGGCACACAAUGCGAUGCACGUUAAGGCCAUGGAUGGAGAUCUUUAUGAAAAUCACAAUACAGCAAGAAGUAAAGAUAAUAUAACUAAAAAUCAGAAAAGGAGGGCAGAAUUUUUUAAACGGCGAGGCUUUGCAGGAAUCAGCUCAUCGGUUUACUUGUGUGGAGGUUCAGAAUCUGCAAUAUCUGAUCUCCAGGUACCCUCCCUCGGCCCCUCCUCAUCCAGCUGGUCUUGGGACCAUGAGGAGGAUCGCAGGCGUCAAGAGAAGUGGCAAGAAGAACAAGAACGCCUCCUACAGAGUGCCUGUGUUUAUCUCCAGGAGCAAUACAAGCGUGAUCAGGAGAGACUGCAGGCGGAGUGGCAGAGAGCAGAGCAGGCAGCAAUGUCGGGGAACCAGACUGCCUUUGAGAUGGCCAGUGGCCAUAACAGUUUUGGCAGCGCUCAGUUUUACAUGACUGGAUGGACAAAGAAACCCAAAGAAAAGCAGAGCCAUGCUGGAGAUCAGAGAAGGGCAGAAGUACAAUCUUGUGUGCAGGGAGUACAAAAUGACAAGAUUCCUGGGAGAGACUGGCCUGAAGGUUGCUAUGACUUCGCUCCGCUGUCCCCUGCAUGCAGGGCAAAGUCCUUAUCUACCCCAGUGUUAACUGGACCCUACAAGCAGACUGGAGGUAGUCUCAGCAAAAGAAAAGGACUCGGCAUGACUACGGCUGAGAGAGAUAGGCAGCAGAUUUUGGAGGAGAUGAAGAAAAAGACUCCUCUUCUGACUGACAACAGCUGGAUACGUCAGCGCCGCAGCAGUUUUCACAAGGAGCCCAUUUACGUCGGCGUUUCCAUGAAAAGAUAUGAAUCUUUGGACGAUCUGGAUUCUAUACAUCGCUCCGCAGAUCUGAUCAGCACAUCCACUUAUCCACGGCCAAACUCUGCUGCUGGACGUUACUGUACUCCAAGUAGAAACGCUUUCUCCCGCUACAGCACUGGAUCUUUAUCGUCUCAGAAAAAUGCAUAUGCAGAGUCUUCUAAUCAUGGCAGUGUGAACAUGUACUGCCCCAGGACGGUCAGUGGCACGAGGACUUGCGGUGUGUGUGAGCGUGUCCAAGGUAGUGGGGCAGCCAUGAUCAUAGAGGCCCUUAGUCUCUACUUCCACCUUAACUGUUUCAAGUGCGUGGGCUGCGGCCGAAAUCUCAGAGGAACCAAGACCAGAGUCCGCGUCCGCGUCCAAAACGAAAAGCCCUACUGUGAUCACUGCUAUUUCCAUCUUAAGUCCACCGAUGUCGUCUUCAUGUGACCAACAGGCUGUCCAGCAGACUGAAGAGUAAACAAGGACUGGCAAAUAACCUUUGAAGAAAUAAUAGACGAAAGUCAUACAUAUAGCCUGUCUGACUUCUGCUUUCUAUUGAUGCUUAGAAUGUGAUGGAUGAAAUAUUGAGUCUGGGAAGUUAAAAGUAGAUUGUUGGCUAUUUUUAUCAGAUUGUCCUUAGCUUGAGUGUCUAUUUUUCUUAAUGCUAUAAGUGUAGAUUUAAAAUGAAAUGAGUAAACAUGGAAUUUAUAAAUGUUUGAUAUUUGCUAUCCAAACCUGUUCAUUCUUCUACCUUUGACCAACGGUGCACUAAAGAGAUUUGUUGCUAAUGUAAUCCAGUAUGGAGGUGUGUUUUACUACAUACUGAAGCACUUUCUGUUCAGCUGCCAUCAGGUGCACAUUGGGAUGACCCACUGUGUUUUUCUCAAAGGAAAAAUGUCUUAAUUGUCUUCUUUGUAAAUAAAGUGCACUUAAUGUAAUCCA